UCUCUUUUCUCCUCCUCUCUUCUCCUCCCCUCCCCUUCCUUUCCUUUCCUUUUCAGAAAAAAACAUAAAGGAGAAAUUUGUGCAUAUAAUAAGAUGAAACCAAACACAUUUCUAAAAAUCUACUUAGAUUCUUUUUUUAAAAAAAAAUCUGUUAAAUAUUUUCAUGGCCUUUGCAAAAUAUAGUAUAAUCACUGAAUACCUAAGAAAAAUUAAAUGUUGGCAAGUAAAUGAUACAUAUGACAAGGAUUUUCUCUUUUAGGUCUAUUACCUAGAAUUUUAGUAUUCCUCUGCAAAAUAGGUAGGAACACUGUUACUCAGUAAAACCCCAUUUUAAUGAGAUGAUUCUUGGUACCAAAAAAAUGAAUUUUACAGAAAAUUAGAAACUGAUAGUCUAUUCAGAUUAUUUUGAGGAGAAGAAAAGCAGUCUGUUCUAGUCACCUAAUGCUAAGCUAAGGAACACUUCUGUAUUAUACCUGUUUUCUAAAUGAAUGUGGGUGUGUGCAACAUAGAUAUAAAAGGUUCAAAAAUGAAUCCUGAAUUCUAACGGCUGAGCUCUUGGAAGACUCGGGUCCUUGGGUCGCAGGUGGGAGCCGACGGGCAUCAUGGACCGAUCUAAAGAAAACUGCAUUUCAGGGCCUGUUAAGCCUGCAGCUCCAGUUGGAGGUCCAAAACGUGUUCUCGUGACUCAGCAAUUUCCUUGUCAGAAUCCAUUACCUCCAAAUAGUGGCCAGGCUCAGCGGGUCCUGUGUCCUUCAAAUUCUUCCCAGCGUGUUCCUUUGCAAGCACAAAAGCUUGUUUCCAGUCACAAACUGGUUCAGAAUCAGAAGCAGAAGCAAUUGCAGGCAACCAGUGUACCUCAUCCUGUCUCCAGGCCACCGAGUCAUACCCCAAAGAGCAAGCAGCCCCUGCCGUCGGCACCUGAAAAUAAUCCUGAGGAGGAACUGGCAUCAAAACAGAAAAAUGAAGAAUCAAAAAAGAGGCAGUGGGCUUUGGAAGACUUUGAAAUUGGUCGCCCUCUGGGUAAGGGAAAGUUUGGUAAUGUUUAUUUGGCAAGAGAAAAACAAAGCAAGUUUAUUCUGGCUCUUAAAGUGUUAUUUAAAGCUCAGCUGGAGAAAGCCGGAGUGGAGCAUCAGCUCAGAAGAGAAGUAGAAAUACAGUCCCACCUUCGGCAUCCUAAUAUUCUCAGACUGUAUGGUUAUUUCCAUGAUGCUACCAGAGUCUACCUAAUUCUGGAAUAUGCACCACUUGGAACAGUCUAUAGAGAACUUCAGAAACUUUCAAAGUUUGAUGAGCAGAGAACUGCUACUUAUAUAACAGAAUUGGCAAGCCUGUCUUACUGUCAUUCGAAGAGAGUUAUUCAUAGAGACAUUAAGCCAGAGAACUUACUUCUUGGAUCAGCUGGAGAGCUUAAAAUUGCAGAUUUUGGGUGGUCAGUACAUGCUCCAUCUUCCAGGAGGACCACUCUCUGUGGCACCCUGGACUACCUGCCCCCUGAAAUGAUUGAAGGUCGGAUGCAUGAUGAGAAGGUGGAUCUCUGGAGCCUUGGAGUUCUUUGCUAUGAGUUUUUAGUUGGGAAGCCUCCUUUUGAGGCAAACACAUACCAAGAGACCUAUAGAAGAAUAUCCCGGGUUGAAUUCACAUUCCCUGAUUUUGUAACAGAGGGAGCCAGGGACCUCAUUUCAAGACUGUUGAAGCACAAUCCCAGCCAGAGGCCAAUGCUCAGAGAAGUACUUGAACACCCCUGGAUCACAGCAAAUUCAUCAAAACCAUCAAAUUGCCAAAACAAAGAGUCAACGAGCAAACAGUCUUAGGAAUCAUGCAGGGGGAGAAAUCCUUGAGCCAGGGCUGCUGUAUAACUUGUCAGGAACAUGCUACUGAAGUUUAUUUUACCAUUGUCUGCUGCCCUCAAUCUAGAACGCUACAAGAAAUACUUGUUUUACUGAGCAGGUGUGCCUUAACCUCCCUAUUCAGAAAGCUCCACAUCAAUAAACAUGACACUCUGCAGUGAAAGUAGCCACGAGAAUUGUGCUACUUACACUGAUUCAUAAUCUGGAGGCAAGGUUCGACUGCAGCCGCCCCGUCAGCCUGUGCCAGGCAUGGUGUCCCCACAGGAGGCAAAUCCAGAGUCUGGCUGUGGGGAAAGUGACCACUUUGCCUGACCCGAUCAGUUAAGGAGCUGUGCAAUAACCUUCUAAGUCCCUGAGUGAGUGUGUAACUUAUUGGGUUGGCCACGCCUGGUAAAGCUGUUGGAAUGAGUAUGUGAUUCUUUUUAAGUAUGAAAAUAAAGAUAUUUGUACAGAAAAAAAAAAAAAAAAAA